GUAUCUUAAAAUGGACAGUAAAACUUUGCUAAAACAACAAGGCUGGUAAUGUUGGCCUUUUGAAGUUUGCACAGUACUGUAUAUUAAAUAAUAUUCUGGCUCUUUUCAGCUUUAUAAGGGCAUUGGAUAGAGCCGCAUUUUAAAAGCUCCCGAAAGACCAUCCAUAAACAGGAAACUAAUCUAUAAAAUAAUUAAAUGUCUUUCGAAGUGACGUUAUGGGUUUUUGUGAUGUUAAAUCAGCCUAUAACCUCAACAUGCGUACGCCUGCUAAAAAAGUUUGACAUUUAAAAGUUUCCUAAAACCCAUCGAUUAACCUCGGAUGGCAAAUGUGGGUUAAUUUUCAUUUUGGGGUGAACUUUAACAAAUUGAAUAUGUUAUUACAAGUCGGGGGCUUAAAUAAUUGUGUAAUUUUUCUUAUAAAAUUGCAUUUUCAUUUAAUAACGAGCUACAUCAGAUUAACUCAUUAAAUAUCAACCCUAUGGUUAGAGCAUAUUAGAUAAGCACUUUAACAAUAUAUAAUAAUAUCAUUCAAACAACAAGGAUUGUACCUAAGAGGCACAGCUUUAAAAAGUUUAGCGUAAAAAAGAAAGGAAAAAGCUUAGUUUGUAUUAUUUUUUUAAACACGAGAAGUGUCCAGUGUCAGUGUUAUGGGACUGGGUCAGGAUUGACACCGUUUGUGGAUAAAGAGCUUUGGGAAGAGGUACACAGUGUCAGGUAAUGAAACAAUACCUCACAAAAACAUACAAAGAUUUCACCCUCACUGUAGAGACACAUUCAAAAGCCUCACAACCUGCUAUAAUCCCUUUGGCUAGAGUUGCUGACACUGGCUAACCCUUUACAAUUUGGCUUCUCUCUCUGUGGUGUUGGACGUCAGCUGUAUCUUACCAACCAGUCCAUGAACUGUAACAAUAUUCAGUUGCUGAUUCUCAAAAUAGAAACCAAAAACUGCCAGUAACUCAAUCAGUGACCCUGUGAGAUCAAUGAAAAGAUGAUUGAAGCUGAUGGAGAACUGUCAGCAAUGGUUCAGGAACUCUGGGACAAUGACGUCAAUCGACUGAGACCUGGGAUUGAUUAUCGUAUUUCUCUGCAGGGCAAAGCGGGUGAUCUGAAGGACUUCGGUGACGACAAUGAUGCAGCUGGCUUGCCUUUGUUUACAUUUGUUGAUGAAAACAUUUUCAAAAAGGAGACUUUCUUAGCCUUCAUCUCACUCCUGGACAAUUAUGAAAGUAAUACUGGUGAACCAGAGAUUGUCACACCAGAAGAAGAACUAGAGAAUCACAAGUUUCUGGAUUCAGUUAUAAAGACCCCAACAAUGAAGAUUGCCCAUAGAUAUCUAGUGGAGAAGCAUCUUUCUCCAGAGAACACUACAGACUUCAAACAACAGCUGUAUCGCAUCUGGUUUGAGCUGUAUGCUAGGAAAGGAUCCAGUAAACCUGACUCAUCUGGUUUCGAGCAUGUCUUCGUAGGAGAGACCAGAGGCGGUCAUACUGUUAUUGGCUUCCAUAACUGGAUUCAGUUGUACUUGCAAGAGAAACUUGGACACAUUGACUACAAAGGAUAUAGUGUGAAGGCAAACUCCCCCCAGCCGGAUGACAGCAAGCACAUUUUGGCGCUCCAGUUUAGCUGGAGGGACGGAAUUAAACCCAAAGGGAGCAUUUUUAUUGGUGUGAGCCCUGAAUUUGAGUUCGCCUUGUACACUCUGUGUUUCCUCACAUCCCCGAAUGAGCGCGUGAAAGUCUCCUUCAACAUCUAUGAGGUGGAGAUUGUCUGUCAUCACUACAACCAGAAGCACAUAGGCACCACAUAUCCUGUCCUUCUGAGAUACCUCAACGUAUAACCAGAAAUAAAGGUCUUUGUGGUAAAUUAAUUCAUAGCUAUGGAUUAUAAGAAUUGUUUUUAUAUUUUUACCUCAAAAACAAUAAACCAAAUAAGACCAAGAAAGCCAUUUCCUCUGCUGUAGUGUCUGAUAUGUGUUUUAUACUGCAUAAAUAAAUCUUAACUAGAUGAAUUAAA